AUGGGUGACCCUUUUUCGGUGGCAGGAAGUGCCGUUGGGGUGGUAUCCCUCGGUCUUCAAGUCUGCCAGGGUCUGGUAUCAUACAUUAACAAAUACAAAUCUGCGGAUAAGGAGGUCAAAAAUAUAAAAUGCAAGGUUGAAGGCCUGAAUUUGAUACUACAAGAGCUUGACGAUCUACUGAAAGGCGUUGACGGGACCGAUCCGUCGCUGUCGGGCAAGUUCAAAGUCGCUCUCCGUAUGAUCACAGAUUGUGAAAGCGGCAUCGAGGAUGUGAAGAUCACUCUUUCGAAGAUUCAAAGUUACUCUUCAGAGCCUUCACAGGCAGUCUUUCCAAAUAUUAAAACUGCCUCCAAGCGGGCACUGUACCCAUUCCGACGCGACGCUUUGGUGGACCUAUUGACUGUUCUUGAGGGGCUACAGGAGAACCUCGAUACUGCAUUGGCUUUGUCGCAUGUUGCUUUGAGCCUUGACUACAAAAGCCGGAUUGUUUCUGUGCAACAAUCAACGAUUGAUAUUGUCGCAAAUACUAGUCAGACAUUAGCUCUGGCCCAAGGUUUUGAACAGAGACAUGAGGAUAUGGACCAGAUACUCUCAAGGUUAGACCGGCGAAUGGAGCAAAUGCAAUCAACAAUUACCCAUUACUCUAUGAGGAAUCUACCUGAGCCCGCAACUCUUCGCUCAAUCUUUGAUACCCAGCAGGAAGUAGAGCGCGACAUCGACACUUUUGUGACGAGUGUACAAUCUAAGAAGCAUCGACAAGUGAGACGUUGCUUCUGCAGUACACCCAACGGCUUUACCUCUGCUAUCACACAUAGGCGAGGAUGUCCGCAUUUUGUUGCAAGUCAGCGAGUAAAGGUCUUGCGGUCUCAGUACAAAUUUUGCAACAGGUUUUUAUCAUGCGCACUUGACGUCUCACUGAGUAUUACAACGGGAGCAGGCGGCUUCGCGAUCAGCCCAAAUCUAGCCUUCCGGGCAAUCGUUAGGGACUCGCCUGCAUUCGAACUGAUGACCGAUGCCAUUGAAUCUUUCCGAUACUCAGGAGGUGGGCUUGAACUGCUCAAAGAUCUGCGAGUAAAGCUUUUCCGCCUUUUUCAGGAAGGCAAAGCAUCCCCGACAGAUACAGAUCAAUAUGGCGACACUAUUUUCCAUCUUCUGAUGGACCUCAUCGCCUCCACACUUUUUUCGACAAAUGCGGCGUGUCUUCCAGCCGCCCAUCAACUACUUAUAGAAUUGUCUUCGUCGAGCACUCUGCCCACCAACGUCGACAGUUUUGGAAGAACUAUCGCUGACAAGUUAUUAUACGAGCUUUCUAUAGACACUAUCAUCCAACAACGUGUAAGGAGGGGCGUCUCCCAAACCCACGGCAUCCUACAAGAUAUACAUUACAUUAAUUACGCAAACGGCGCUAUUGGUGAUGCCUUUCGGUUUAACCUAGCUCAACGAAUGAUGGAGUCAACAGACAACUGGAAUUUUCAUGUUCCGGAACUUCUCGAGCCUCUCAUGGUUUAUGACAAGAACCUUUUACACUCACUUCUUAUCGCCCCAAGUUUUCUCGCAUGUUCGGAAAUUCCGUAUAGUUACAACUAUUGGCCAGAAGGGCUUCAAGUCUUGUUGCAAUCCGGGAAGUUGCCAAGUCGAGAAGCCCUGUUGUAUGCGUGCUAUGUGAAUAUCCCAGAAAGUGUGGGCCUUCUCUUAUCGGCUAGAUCGUUCUAUCUUGGGUCAAGGCAUAUGGGGGCAGCGAGUCUGGGGCAGAGUAUUGAAACUAUGAGCCUGAUAGUUGAUGCAUUCGUGGAAGAAAGGAGAGAACUGCAGUCCCUGGCAGAAAAUCAUCUUACCAGUGAGGAAGUCGCAAGCCUCCAGCUGAAGUCACACAACCUCCUUGACUUCCAGGCCCACAGAGCUUAUGAAUUAUUGCAGGCGAGUGGACUCACUCUCCCUGACUGGGGGAAUGAGAACAAGGGCUACUUAGCUUAUGUUUCUAUUCGAGACAAUUGCGCCAUGGCGGACUUUCUUUGGCACGGGGGCUACAGAGACGUUGAUGAGAUGGACUCCGAGGGCUGCACCAGCCUCAUGUUUUCACAAACACUCGGAUUUACUGACUGGCUGAUUUCGCAUGGUGCGGAUAUUCAUCGCAGAGUGUGCGGCAUACCAGCAUUACACCUCAUGACAGACAAUGUUCACUUGAAUAUUUGGCCAGUCUGCAGCUCCGACAAAGGGAUUCUUCCAACCUUCCAGCUCCUUCUGCAGGAUAAAGCUCAGGACCAUUGUGAAUGUCCCUGUUCUUCGGCUGGUUGUCUUGCUAUUACCCGGUUCCUGCACAACGCCCUUACCCGGGACUACCGGACAGGACCGAGGGACAUUUUUGAUAUGAUACGCCUUCUAUCAGAACUGAUCUCCCUUUUAGAGGAAGACCCUUCUCCUCACGCCGCUUUUGAGAUCAUCCGUUUCUUCAACUUUGAAGCGCUUCAACUCCCACACACGUGUCGUCAUCCAGUGCAAUGCUUGUCAACCGAAGAUGGCGAUUGCGAUUACUCUCCUCACCUUGAACCAUGUUAUCACUGGGAACCAAGGGACUGGGAAGAAAUUGACGAAAUGCAGGAUGAAUGGCGAGAGCUGAUCUCCGUGCAUGAAGAAUUGGUGGCCAGAUUCCAGAUCAUGUAUGAAACAUCGGACCUGCCCCUGUGUGAAUUCCUUGGCACUAUUUGGCAGGAAGAAAUGUUAAAAAGAUCUCAGAAUGAUGACCCUCCAAGCCAAGAGGAAAUCAGUCGAGUGCGUGAGCUAGGAGUGAUUUUCGAUGAAGUGGAGGAUGACUUGUCUGGAAACGAGCCGGGCGACGCAGAGGUGAAGUCGGAUGCUGAAUCCAGCUGA